ACGCGGACACGGUUUGUGGCGGACCUUACAAGUUACAACUACGAGAGACUGACCCUUGGCUUCGUUUCCACACCCAUUCUUCUUCUACCGUUUCAAUUCACUCACAAUCCAAUGGCUAAUCACGACGACAAGAAUGACAAACACGAGGAAUCGAGCCCGCUCUUGGGCAACCAGCUGGGAGAAGAGGAUGCCAAGAAAGCUCCGGCUCCGGUUCCCAUGAAUUUAGGCGGGUACGGGUGGACCGCCGACGGAUUGCCGUUGGGGCACGGGAGCGUGGUGGGCGAGCCGAUGGGCCGGACCCACUGGGACUCGAGCCUCUUCGCUUGUUUCGGACGCAGCGACGAGUUCUGUAGCAGCGAUCUUGAAGUUUGCCUUCUUGGAAGUGUGGCUCCUUGUGUGCUGUAUGGAAGCAAUGCAGAGAGACUUGCAUCUACUCCUGGGAGUUUUGCAUGUCACUGCUUGACUUACGCUGGUCUAUGCUUGCUUGGGAGUUUAGCCUUUCGUAGUAACUUCCUUGCACCAUGCGUUUCAUCCCCUAGCCGAACUGCCAUUCGUCAGAAGUUCAACCUAGAGGGCAGCUGUGAGGCAUUUCAUAGGUCAUGUGGGUGCUGCGGAAGCUUUCUGGAGGAUGAGGCGCAGCGUGAACAAUGUGAGACUGCAUGUGACUUUGCAACUCACUUUUGCUGCCACUCGUGCUCUCUUUGUCAGGAAGGCCGUGAGCUCCGUCGUAGAUUGCUGCAUCCCGGGUUCAAUGCUCUACCAAUCCUGGUUAUGAUGCCUCCGGUGGAGCAGAGCAUGGGCCGCGGAGCCUGAGAGCUUCUUCCCAUGGCGUGAAAACUUGUACUGUCUAUAUAUGGUACCAGUGUGAUAUGAUAUUGCAUAAAUUGUAUUGGGAUUAUCUGAUCUUGCUUCGUUUGGGUAAACACAUAAAUAAUGUAAACUUCAACUAUAUAUCCUGUUUAUCAUACGUGAUGUUUGUGGA